CUACGUUUCAAAGCUAAACCAAGUAGGCGAGAAGAGAGAGAGAGAAAAAGAGAGGGAUCACAAAACCAUGGCCUCUUUAACUACCUUAACAGCCCUGCAACCGGUCGCCGUUAAGGGCAUGGGAGGAAGCUCCCUCGCUGGCACGAGACUCUCCAUCAAGCCAAUUCGCCGGAAUCUGACGCGCUCAAAUGUCCGGUCCGGCGCCGUUGUGGCUAAGUACGGCGACAAGAGCGUCUACUUCGACUUGGAGGAUAUUGGCAACACCACUGGCCAGUGGGAUUUAUACGGUUCUGAUGCCCCGUCGCCUUACAACUCUCUCCAGAGCAAGUUCUUUGAGACAUUUGCUGCUCCAUUCACCAAGAGAGGUUUGCUGCUCAAGUUCUUGAUAUUGGGUGGUGGCUCCACCCUUGCCUACCUCAGCUCCAUAGCCUCAGGUGACAUCCUACCCAUCAAGAAGGGCCCACAGCUGCCACCAACGCCCGGGCCACGUGGCAAGAUAUGAUCGGCGCAGGGCCCGCAUCCCCACCCUCUUUUUUUUUUCUUUUUUGCUGCUGUGCAUCUCUAUGUUGAAAUUGUAAGUAUGCCUAAGCCUUCUUAGGACCUCUUUGAUUGUGCUACAUCUUAUGUUCCUUUUCUUUUGAUUAUAGGGGUCGUUGAACUUAUUCUAA